AUGCGGGCGGGAGCCCACUCCGAGCUCGCGGAAACGCCCGGAGGCUCCACCACGGAAAGGGGCGUGCGGCGACGGCGGAAGACAGCUGCAGUUACCAUCAACAGUAGCACCACCUGUGCUGACUGUCUGUCUGUCUGUCUGUCUGUCUGUCUGUCUGUCUUAGAGACCCUGCUGAACACGAAACUGGAAACUGCAGACCUGAAGUGGGUCACGUUCCCUCAGGUGGAGGGGCAGUGGGAGGAGCUGAGUGGCCUGGAUGAAGAGCAGCACAGCGUUCGGACCUACGAGGUGUGCGACGUGCAGCGGGCCCCGGGCCUGGCCCACUGGCUGCGCACCGGCUGGGUCCCGCGCCGGGGAGCUGUCCACGUGUAUGCCACGCUUCGCUUCACCAUGCUCGAGUGCCUGUCCCUGACCCGGGCCGGGCGCUCCUGCAAGGAGACCUUCACUGUCUUCUACUUCGAGAGCGAUGCUGACACGGCCACAGCCUUCACACCAGCCUGGAUGGAGAACCCCUACAUCAAGGUGGACACAGUGGCUGCUGAGCACCUGACCCGGAAGCGCCCUGGGGCCGAGGCAACCGGGAAGGUGAACGUGAAGACGCUGCGUCUGGGCCCACUCACCAAGGCUGGCUUCUAUCUGGCCUUCCAGGACCAGGGUGCCUGCAUGGCCCUGCUGUCCCUGCACCUCUUCUACAAGAAGUGCGCCCAGCUGACCGUGAACCUCACCCGCUUCCCGGAGACUGUGCCUCGGGAGCUUGUGGUGCCCGUGGCGGGGAGCUGUGUGGCUGACGCCGUCCCCACCCCCGGCCCCAGCCCCAGCCUCUAUUGCCGGGAGGAUGGCCAGUGGGCCGAGCAGCCGGUCACGGGCUGCAGCUGUGCCCCAGGGUUCGAGGCCGCCGAGGGGAAUACCAAGUGCCGAGCCUGUGCCCAAGGCACCUUCAAGCCCUUAAAUGGGGAGGGGUCCUGCCAGUCGUGUCCAGCCAACAGCCACUCCAACACCAUUGGCUCGCCCGUCUGCCAGUGCCGCGUUGGGUACUUCCGGGCCCUCACAGACUCCCGGGGUGCGCCCUGUACCACGCCGCCCUCUGCUCCGAGAAGUGUGGUUCCCCGGCUGAAUGGCUCCUCCCUGCGCCUGGAGUGGAGCGCCCCCCUCGAGUCCGGGGGCCGAGAUGACCUCACGUAUGCCCUGCGCUGCCGGGAGUGCCGCCCUGGGGGGUCCUGCACACCCUGCGGAGGAGACCUGACCUUCGACCCUGGCCCCCGGGACCUUGUGGAGCCCUGGGUGGCGAUUCGUGGGCUGCGUCCUGACUUCACCUAUACGUUCGAGGUCACCGCCUCGAAUGGGGUGUCCUCCUUAGCCACCGGACCUGUCCCGUUUGAGGCUGUGAAUGUCACCACUGACCGUGAGGUACCGCCCCCAGUGUCCGACAUCCGGGUGACAAGGUCAUCACCCAGCAGCUUGAGCCUGGCCUGGGCUGUUCCCCGGGCACCCAGCGGAGCUGUGCUGGACUACGAGGUCAAGUACCACGAGAAGGGCACAGAGGGCCCCAGCAGCGUGCGGUUCCUGAAGACGUCUGAAAACCGGGCGGAGCUGCGGGGACUGAAACGGGGAGCCAGCUACCUGGUCCAGGUGCGGGCGCGCUCCGAGGCCGGCUACGGGCCCUUCGGCCAGGAGCACCACAGCCAAACACAGCUGGACGAGAAUGAGAGCUGGCGGGAGCAGCUGGCCCUGAUCGCAGGCACGGCGGUCGUGGGUGUGGUGCUGGUCUUGGUGGUCAUCGUCAUCGCCGUCCUGUGCCUCAGGAAGCAGAGCAGCGGGAGAGAAGCUGAAUACUCAGACAAACACGGACAGUAUCUCAUCGGGCACGGUACUAAGGUCUACAUUGACCCCUUCACUUACGAAGACCCUAAUGAGGCUGUAAGAGAGUUUGCAAAAGAGAUCGAUGUCUCCUAUGUCAAGAUUGAGGAGGUGAUUGGCGCAGGCGAGUUUGGCGAGGUGUGUCGGGGGCGGCUCAAGGCCCCAGGAAAGAAAGAGAGCUGUGUGGCCAUCAAGACCCUGAAAGGGGGCUACACGGAGAGGCAGCGGCGGGAGUUCCUAAGUGAGGCCUCCAUCAUGGGCCAGUUCGAGCACCCCAACAUCAUCCGCCUGGAGGGCGUGGUCACCAACAGCGUGCCUGUCAUGAUCCUCACCGAGUUCAUGGAGAACGGCGCCCUGGACUCCUUCCUGCGGCUGAACGACGGGCAGUUCACCGUCAUCCAGCUGGUGGGCAUGUUGCGGGGCAUCGCCUCAGGCAUGCGGUACCUGGCUGAGAUGAGCUACGUCCACCGAGACCUGGCUGCACGUAACAUCCUGGUCAACAGCAACCUUGUCUGCAAGGUUUCCGACUUCGGGCUUUCCCGCUUCCUGGAGGAGAACUCUUCUGACCCCACCUACACGAGCUCUCUGGGGGGAAAGAUUCCCAUCAGAUGGACAGCCCCUGAGGCCAUCGCCUUCCGGAAAUUCACAUCUGCUAGUGAUGCCUGGAGCUACGGAAUUGUGAUGUGGGAGGUCAUGUCAUUUGGGGAACGUCCAUACUGGGACAUGAGCAAUCAGGAUGUGAUCAAUGCCAUUGAACAGGACUACCGGCUGCCCCCGCCCCCAGACUGCCCCACUUCCCUGCACCAGCUCAUGCUGGACUGUUGGCAGAAGGACCGGAACGCACGGCCCCGCUUCCCCCAGGUGGUCAGCGCCCUCGACAAGAUGAUCCGGAACCCAGCCAGUCUCAAAAUCGUGUCCAGGGAGAAUGGCGGGGCCUCGCACCCACUCCUGGAUCAGCGGCAGCCUCACUACUCAGCUUUCGGCUCUGUGGGUGAGUGGCUUCGAGCCAUCAAGAUGGGAAGAUACGAAGAAAGUUUCGCAGCCGCUGGCUUUGGCUCCUUCGAACUGGUCAGCCAGAUCUCCGCUGAGGACCUGCUCCGAAUUGGAGUCACUCUGGCGGGACACCAGAAGAAAAUCCUGGCCAGUGUCCAGCACAUGAAGUCCCAGGCCAAGCCUGGAGCCCCGGGUGGGUCGGGAGCACCAGCCCCCCAGUACUGA